AAACGUGACUCUUGCUUGGCCUCGUCAGAGUGCGGCAGCUCUAGCAGACCCUGUUGGUGCCACGCAGGGAAACCGGCACGCAAGACGAAUGUGGACAAACUCAUGGAGCACGUAGGAGACUUUGGACCCUUCCAGAAGAAGAUGGCCGCACUUGGGUCUCGCCCAUUGGUCCUCAUUGCGUUCGUGUUUGUUGGAGUCGUCUUCCUGGGCCACACUCCGGACCACUGGGCCGAGCAGCUCCUGCAGGAGUGCGGCUGGACAGAGGUCAAGGUGCGAGAAGUUACCGUUGCCGGGUCCUUCAGCCACUGCCAAGCGUUUGCCGUGAACCGGAGCCAAAGCCGGAACAAAGGCGAGGAGUUUGAGCCGGCGCUGACUUUAAAAGCUCUGCCGUGUGAUGGCAGAUGGAUGUUUGAUAAGAGUCACAAAACUACAAUUUCUGAGCUUGAGGACUUUGAAGCAGCCAACAAAAGCUGGCCCAUAUACACGGUGGCGGACGAACGGGAAGGCAUCAUGUAA